AUGGCCAAAUAUCUGAAUUUGAGAAAGAAGUACGUUGGUGUUUCUGUAUGCUUUGUUAUUGGGUUUCUGAUACUAUUUUCGUCUUCGUCGCAUGAAGCCAGUUCCAGCCACAUUUUGGUGAGAGGAGAGCCGUCUGUUGGUAGUGCUCAGCUGGCCGAGCUGGAAAAACCGUUGGUUGGAAACACCCAAUGGUCUGGAUCCGACCAGCAGCCUGUUCGGGAAAUCGAGCAGGUGUCUUCGAGUGUUGCCGGUCCAAGAGUAGUCACGACGCUAAUCACGUCCACAAAGACCACAGUGACCCGACUUGGCCCGACUUUGGUUCGCGAAGCGCCUGUUUUGGCCACAAACAGCUUGGCUUUGCCGAGACCAUCAGCCCCCUUCAAGCCGAUGGCUAAUCUUGUUGGGCAGAACGUGGUCACCCACGCCAAAUCCUCGUUCUAUGUCGAUCCGCAAGAGUAUCCUGUUUAUGCUCGGCUCAUCCAGUCGUACGGCGACGACUUUUUAAAAGAGUCGUUGGCCGACCGGUGCGUCAAGUAUUUUGAGCAUUUGUACCUGAUGGACCCUGACUGGAAGAUCGGGCCGCACAAAGUCAAGUACGACGACGCACAGUUGAACACGAUGGUUCAAAACACAAAACAUCUGGGCAUCUACACGCACUGUUUCCUUUCUAAUACCAACGAAGAGACCGUGGAAGCUUACAAGAAGUUGAUUGGCCAGUAUCCGGACAUCGAGUCGCGUGUAUUCCCGUACAUCAGCAGAAAGCUUCCUGUUUUCGUUCGAUGGACAGGCGAGCAGAUCACUGGCCCGCCAACCAUGGCAAUGUACCUGAAAGGAGCGUCACAGGACCCUGCUCUGGCGCAGAUCAGCAAGUCCAAACUAAACGUGACAGAGCCCGAGGACAACGACGAGAUCUCGCACGAGUUCCCGUACUUUUUGCAUUACAAGACGCUUGUCAACGGUAAGGGAGUGGUGAUCUCCGGGUCAGACAAGUUUCUGGACGACAACCUGGCUCUGAUUCGCAACUUGCGUGCUCUGGGAAACAGACUGCCUAUCCAAAUUGUCCAUCGCGGCGAUUUGUCGAUCGAGUCGCAAUGGAAAAUCAUCGAGCAGGCCAGAAAGGACUCGGUUUACUAUCCACGCAAAGAAUACAACCAGCUCAAACAGCUGGGGCUGGACGAAUUCGAUCCAUCGUUUCCUAGACAGGAAGUUUGGUUUGUGAACAUAUCCCGAGCCAUGAACCCGCAGUACGCGCUGGAGUUCCCGCUGUUCUACAACAAGCUGCUGGCGUAUCUGUUCAACUCGUUCCAGGACAUUGUGUUGUUGGACUCCGACGUUGUGCUGUUCCGCAGACCUGAACAAUUUUUCCAGCUGUCACAGUAUCAAUCGUCCCAGAGCGUUUUUUUCCGCGACAGAAACCUCAUCAUGCGCGUGAACGACGGGUUCAUCGACUUUCUGAAACGUCUGCUGCCCAAAGGUCUCGACACCAAGAUCUUUGACGUGAAAAGAGCAACCUAUAAAACUUUGGGCUCGCGGUAUUUCACUCUUGAGUUUGGACACUACAUGGAGUCGGGUGUGGUUGCGAUCCAGCGACCAAAGUACUGGAACGGCAUGUUCACCACGAUCUACUUGGCGCUGCUGAAACCGAUCCAUGAGAACGUUUGGGGCGACAAGGAGCUGUUCUGGAUCGGCCAAUCUGUGGCCGGCAACGAAGACUACAUGUUCAACGACUACUGGUCUGCUGCCAUCGGCACUCUCACGCCGGCCGAGCAACGGGCCCCGUUCAAGUCGCAGGAGCUGUGUUCGACGCAUCCCGGCCACAUUUCCUCGGACGACGACCGUUUGCUGUGGAUCAACUCGGGAAUCUUGAACUGUCGUCGCACAGAGACAUACGAGAAAGAUUUCGACGUGUACAAUGCCACGCUUGGGUUCGAAACCAAAGAACAGCUUCUUCAACACUACAAGUCGCCGCUCAACAUCGAGCACGCCAUCAUUCCGCCCGACUCCAUGCACUGGGUCGAGAGUUUCGACACUCCGCGCGAGCCACGCCAGGGAUACAUCAAGCAGUACAAUUGCGCGGCGUACCUGUGGUGUGCCUACGACAAGAUCGGGGGGUCGGAAUUCCCCGAGCACCAGGGCCGGAUAUUCAAGUUCGAGACAGCAGACACGGUGCUUUUCGAUUACAUUGGCCGGGUCUAUCUUGGAGAGCCGCAAGAAACAGCAUUUUAA